AUGGGCACCUUCGGGGGACAUGUGAUGCCAGGGGUGUUCUUUCUCCUUUUCUCACUCUACUACUCAGUGCUGAUGUCCUUGGCCCUGCUACGGGGACAGAGUUUCCUCAAACCUCCUCUGCCCCCACGGGAGAAGCGAAGACACAGUUGGUGGCAGCUAAUACCUGUGGAAGGAGUGAUAAAGGUGACCACCACCCUGCUUGGCAUCCUCCUCGAGUUGUUCUACCCCCCAGGAGCAAAUCGGUUGAUGAUAGUAGACUGGGAGGACCCUCAGCGGCCUUUUGUAUUCAAGGACAACUGGCAGCAUAUCACCAUGUACAUGUUCUUCCUGGCCAGUGGCGUGGUGGACACGGUGAGCCAGUCCUUUCAGGCACGACAGAAUAUAAAGCUGGAGCGAGCAGCUGAGGCCCUGGCCUUCUGGGUGCUGGCACUGCUGAUGAUGAGCCACGUUGAGAACAAGAGCCUCAUGGAGAUUCGAGUGCACACCUUCUUCAUCGUGCCCACCAUCCUGGUUAGCCUGGUGCUUACCAUUGAGGUCUGGGUGCCUGACCAGCCCCCACUCUGGGUGCUGAAAUGCUGGAUGGGGCUGGUGCUUAGCAACUGGUUAUUGCAGCUCAGCGUGUUGAUGUAUGUUCCUCCCUCUGGGCAGCCCUGGCGAGCAGAAAACCCCAUCGACCUGGCCUUCCUCUCCACCUUCUUCUGUUGGCAUCUGGGUUUGGGGGCUGCUCUGCUGGCUGCAGUCUAUGGUCUCUGCAGCCUCUGGCACCAUCGCUGCUCUUCCUGGACAGAGGCCCUGGAGGCCAAGUACCAGCCAUGCCCUACAGGCUACAGGGACGAGGAGCUUGAGAAACUCAGGGAAGAGACUAAGCUGCAGGAUGGGGACGUCUAG